AUGAACAAUCAAUAACAAUAAAAAAAUACUUCAACUCAAGAAUCAAUAUAGCAAAACAAUUCCAAUUAAUAAAAUUAAAAGACUGAAUCUAUCAAACUAAACAAAAAAUAACAUGAUUAUAGUCAAGGAAAUAGGUAUUAAGUAAAAUAAAUUUAAAGGACAUGUAUGGCAACAGGAAGAAACGGAAUAGACUUCUAUAUCUUAGCUAAGAUUGUGUAAAAAGAGCAUUCUGAGAUAAUUUUAUCAGCUAUCGAAGAAUAGUUUUGAUUUAUAUUAGAAAUGAUCAAUUAAUAGGAUUAUUAUUAUUUAGAAUAUUGAUUUGAC